AGUGGCGUCGGCGACGGCGGAGUCAAGGCACCCGCGAGCGCUCGGCUGAGAGUCAGCCGGCGGCGACGGCGCAAGAGCUAGGAGUUAGGGACACGCGCGCCGGACCUUCCGCCGCCGCUGCGCCGCGGCCGCUGCUGCCGCCACCCAGAGCCUGAGGCGCCGGGGCCCGGGGAGCCUGGGGGCCGGCGGGAGAGCGGGCCGGGGGGAGGGUGGGGUAUGGCGCGGACCCCGGGGCCGGCCCCGCUGUGUCCCGGAGGCGGCAAAGCACAACUUUCCUCCGCUUCUCCCCCCGGGGCCGGGCUCCUGCUGCCGCCCCCGACGCCACCGCCGCUGCUGCUGCUGCUCUUCCCGCUGCUGCUCUUCUCCCGGCUCUGUGGUGCCUUAGCUGGACCAAUUAUUGUGGAGCCACAUGUCGCAGCAGUAUGGGGAAAGAAUGUUUCAUUGAAAUGUUUAAUUGAAGUAAAUGAAACCAUAACACAAAUUUCAUGGGAGAAGGUACAUGGCAAAAGUUCACAGACUAUUGCAGUUCAUCAUCCUCAAUAUGGAUUCUCUGUUCAAGGAGAAUAUCAGGGAAGAGUCCUGUUUAAAAACUAUUCACUUAAUGAUGCAACAAUUACUCUACAUAACAUCGGAUUCUCUGAUUCUGGAAAAUACAUAUGCAAAGCUGUUACGUUCCCACUUGGAAAUGCCCAGUCCUCUACAACUGUAACUGUGUUAGUUGAACCCACUGUGAGCCUGAUAAAAGGGCCAGAUUCUUUAAUCGAUGGAGGAAAUGAAACAGUAGCAGCCAUUUGUAUCGCAGCCACUGGAAAACCAGUUGCACAUAUUGACUGGGAAGGUGAUCUUGGUGAAAUGGAAUCUAUUACAACUACCUUUCCAAAUGAAACAGCAACAGUUGUCAGCCAGUACAAGCUGUUUCCAACGAGAUUUGCUAGAGGAAGGCGGAUUACUUGUGUUGUAAAACAUCCAGCCUUGGAAAAGGAUAUCCGAUACUCUUUCAUGUUAGAUAUACAGUAUGCCCCUGAAGUUUCAGUAACCGGAUAUGAUGGAAAUUGGUUUGUAGGGAGAAGAGGUGUUAAUCUCAAGUGUAAUGCUGAUGCAAAUCCACCACCAUUCAAAUCUGUGUGGAGCAGGUUGGAUGGACAAUGGCUUGAUGGUUUGUUGGCUUCAGACAAUACUCUUCAUUUUGUCCAUCCACUGACUUUCAAUUAUUCUGGUGUUUAUGUCUGUAAAGUGACCAAUUCCCUUGGUCAAAGAAGUGAUCAAAAGGUCAUCUACAUUUCAGAUCCUCCUACUACUACCACCCUUCAGCCUACAAUUCAUUGGCAUCCCUCAACUGCUGUCACCGAGGAUCUAGCAACAGAACCUAAAAAAUUGCCUUUCCCAUUGUCAACUUUGGCAACAAUUAAGGAUGACACAAUUGGCACAGUCAUUGCUAGUGUAGUGGGGGGGGCUCUUUUCAUAGUACUUGUGAGUGUUUUGGCUGGAAUAUUCUGCUAUAGGAGAAGACGGACGUUUCGUGGAGACUAUUUUGCCAAGAACUACAUUCCACCAUCGGAUAUGCAAAAAGAAUCACAAAUAGAUGUUCUUCAACAAGAUGAGCUUGAUUCUUACCCAGACAGUGUAAAAAAAGAAAACAAAAUUCCAGUGAACAAUCUUAUACGAAAAGACUAUUUAGAAGAGCCUGAAAAAACUCAGUGGAACAAUGUAGAAAAUCUCAAUAGGUUUGAAAGACCAAUGGAUUAUUACGAAGAUCUAAAAAUGGGAAUGAAGUUUGUCAGCGAUGAACAUUAUGAGGAAAAUGAAGAUGACUUAGUUUCACAUGUAGAUGGUUCCGUAAUUUCCAGGAGGGAGUGGUAUGUUUAGCGACCACUAAAUGUGACUUAACUAUGUACAAUGUUUCAUUCAUACUAGUUGAUCAUUUUCAGAUUGUUCAUACUUUUCUUGAGGAAGAAUAAGCUUUUUCAAGUUGAUUUUCGAGCUUUUUAUAUUCUAAUCUGACAAAUGAAAAUGUAAAAUCUGGGUUCAAUGUAUCUGAGCUGCUUUACAAUUUUUUUCAAUGCUGUACUACUGUCUCAAGAUUUAAAUUUUAAUGCAGAGUACUUUAUUGGUCUGAGGCACACAGGUAAGAAGAAAUGUCAACGUUAAAUGUGUGACGUUUUUGGUACAAAAAUUAAAAAAAAAAAAAAACAAAAAGAAACUACCUUGGCAUUGUGUAUUAAAUGUUUACCUAAGACUAUAAUCUCAAGUAUAAUGUUUGUUAAACAUAUACCUCUUAAAAUUUAUCACCACUAAAUGAUACUACAUCAAAAUUGACUAUAAAGGCAAUCCAAAAUAUGUUUAUAUAUAUUUUUAGUAUACUAAAAAUAUUCAGCCUGAUGGAACAUCUUUCCUUUUCAAACAUUAUUUUCUAAGUUUCUAUACAAAUGAAAUCUUUACCUCUGCAUUUUAAUGAGCCUUGCCAUAAUUACUGUAGAAUGGCUUUUCAAAGAUAUUUUGUUGCACUAAAACUGUGGUAGUAAACUCCAUCAACAUGAUGUGUGAAAGAGUGUCAUUAGCUGGUCAAUAUUUUUGUCUCAAAUACAUAGAAGAGUAAUAAAAUACAUGCCUUCUAAACAU